AAUUAAUCGAAUAUCGACAUUCGUAAGAGUUAAAUAAAUAAAUUCAAUUUUCAAAAAAAAAAAAUAUUGUGGCAUAUAAAAAUUCAUUUGGUGCAUCAUUGUGUGUACGACGCAAGGUCCAUUUUUGCGUGUUACGUUGCACGGAAAAUUGAACUUAUCAGUUAUAGAUUGGUUUUAAUUUACCGUUUCUAGUUACACUUCCUGCACUUUUUUUACGAUUUUUCAUCCUUUCCUUUUCUUCGCUACAGAUACAAAUGCGCAUUUGCUUUCUUCGCAUUUGUUUUCUAAAAUACGCAGAGAGAACGUAGUUAAAAAAAGACAGUAUUAAUGAUGACGAGUGAUCGCGCGAGUGAUUACAGAGUAUGGAUAGUCAACUAUACAGUCAUCGCGCUGAAUAAACGCUCGCUCGCGCCGUGACGGAUCAUCGUGUAAUCUAGCCUAAUCUGAGGUAGUGGGAUCGUGACAAUUGUUCAUGAUCGUCGCUUGAAUUGUGUGGAGGGACAAGUUCUUUAUUGUUACAACAAUGUAUUAUUUUACGAGUGACUGACAAAAAUACACACCGCGUGCGAUGUAUUAUUGAUGAAAUAUUUUUAGGCUAGGAUCGUUCGAAAGGUGUAUGUACGAGUCGUGAGAGAAUUCUCCAAAAUGUCUGUUAAAUUGGAUGAGGUCGCACCUCGUGUGACUCGAGUAGCAUCCAUAGAUUCGGAAUACGAUGAUGCCCUGGAAGUACCAGACUCCUUAGAAAUAGCGCUUGAUGAAAAUGGAGAGACAGUACAACUGCAUGGGACUGAAGCAAGAUGUACAGAUGAUAAUAAAGAAACCCUUGGUGUAAUAUCAUUUAAUGUCAUACACAAUCCGCCAACAAAGUUUAAGAGCCAACGCAACGUAUUUAUUCCCAAUGAAGAGGUCCACGUGCAAAUCAUAGAUAACGAGCGCAGUGUGACCACGCACCCUUUGAAUCCAAACCUGUACACCAUAGAAUUUAGGCACGGACCUUUUGUCUGGACCAUUAGAAAACGAUACAAGCACAUUCAAUUUCUGCAUAAUCAAUUGAAAAUGUAUCGUGCUAGCCUGAACAUACCUUUCCCUACGAAAAGCCACAGAGAAAAGAGGAGCAGUGUAAGACACCUUGGAACUGCAAGUGUGAAGAAGAGCAGACGAAAUGCUUUACCAAGGUUUCCAAAUAAACCUGACCUUUUAGUACCUUACGAGCAAUUAAAUUGCAGAAGGAAGGAAAUAGAGGAUUAUUUAAGCAAUUUACUUAACAUAGAGAUCUACAGGCGUCAUCCCGAAACAAUUAAUUUCUUGGAUAUUUCGCACUUGUCUUUCGUGGCCGACCUGGGAAUGAGGGGCAAGGAGGGCACGAUCUUGAAGCGAACGGGAUCAGGCGGCAGAACCAGGUGCAAUGUUUGUGGUCUCUUUGAAUGUGGUUUUUGUCUGAAGUGCAGCUACCUCUGCAACUCCAUCUGCGGCAAAUGGCACAAGAGGCAUCUUGUUGUUAAGGAUACAUUCGUUGCGUAUCUCAAUCCCCAAGAUGGAACAGUAAGGUCCGUUAUCCUGAUGGACAACGGCUUUGGCAUCAGUUUUGGGAUGUACAGCACGGGCUCGCGAAACGGCAUACAGAUCGCGAAUCUGAGCAGGCACAUAGUGAUCGAGUGCUGGACAAGGCGGAAAGCCAAGGAGUGGAUGGAGUUUAUACAGGAAGUUGGUAACAAAGAAGGUAAAGAUUUCAUACAGACCAAUCCGCACAACUCGUUCGCUCCAUAUCGUUCGUCCGUACCUGCGACUUGGUUCGUCGACGGGGCCGAUUACAUGGCCGCCGUGGCCGAUGCGUUGGAAAACGCUAGGGAAGAGAUUUUCAUAGCAGACUGGUGGCUCUCGCCGGAAAUCCACAUGAAAAGACCGAUUCUCAAUGGGGAUUACUGGCGAUUGGAUAAAAUUUUACAGAGAAAAGCGUUCGAAGGUGUUAAGGUAUUCAUACUGAUCUACAAGGAAAUUGAAGUCGCUCUAGGCAUCAACAGUUACUACAGUAAACAGAGACUCGUGGAACAAUGUCCUGAUAACAUAAAGGUAUUGCGGCAUCCGGAUCACGCAAGGGCGGGUGUCUUUCUUUGGGCUCAUCACGAGAAGAUCGUAGUCAUCGAUCAGUCUCUCGCAUUUCUUGGUGGUAUUGAUCUCUGCUACGGUAGAUGGGACAAUAGUGAACACAGAUUGACAGAUUUAGAAUCCAUUCACCAAUCGAGCAUUUACAUUCCCUCGAAAGACAAACUGGUCAAUACUAGCAGUAAAAAGGUAUUAGAUCGUGAUACACAGAGGCACGUAUUUUUACCAUUAGCAAUUGCAACGAACACUAUCGCUAUGGCCACCACGAGGUCCAUACCACUGUUACCGAUGGUGGACGAUGAGGCACAGAAGGCUUUAGUACUGUCGACGUUGCCAAGGGAUAACUCGCUCUUCAUGCUGCAAGAGAAAGAAGAUAGGGUAAAGUGCAAUACUCCCGAGCUAGAAAGGAAGAAUCUGUUCGGAGUGGCGAGGACAACGGUUGAUAAGGUGAAGGAUACCGUGAGAGUGAAGAGACAAGAAUUAAUUAAUAUGAUGUACAGUUCUCACGAAGCGAAUGACGAUGGGAAUGUCACGGACAAUGGUCAGGUGUCCACGCUGCCAGAGUCUGAGGACACAGUGGACUUUGCCUGCAGCUUGAAACCCACGACGAAGUUGUGGCUCGGCAAAGACUAUACAAAUUUCAUUGUCAAAGACUUCAAUGAUCUCGCGAAGCCGUAUCAGGAUUUGGUCGAUAGAACCACCACUCCCAGGAUGCCGUGGCACGAUAUAGGGAUCUUAGUGCAAAAUGCUGCUGCUAGAGAUGUGGCUAGACAUUUCAUACAGCGCUGGAACGCUGCCAAGCUAGAAAAAGCAAAGCAGAAUUUAUGUUAUCCUUACUUGUUACCGAAAUCGUACCAAGAUUGCAAGAGCUACGAUCCGUUUAUCAAGGAGGCGAACAAGCACAACGUCAAGUGCCAAGUGUUGCGCUCGGUGAGUUCUUGGUCGGCCGGCUUCCUCGAUCCGGAAACCGUGGAGCGAAGCAUACAAGAAGCUUACAUCGACGCCAUUAGUAAAGCGGAAAGAUACAUAUACAUAGAAAAUCAAUUUUUCAUAACGCUCGCCUCGAUGGAUAAAACCGGCGUGAAGAAUCGUAUCGGUGAGACGUUACUGAAAAGGAUCCUGAGGGCGCAUAAGGAAGGCGCGGUGUUUCGAGUAUUCGUCGUGAUGCCUUUAUUGCCGGGCUUCGAAGGCGAAGUCGGCGGGCCGAGCGGAACGGCAUUGCGGGCGAUAACGCACUGGAAUUACGCUUCUAUAUCGAGGGGAAAGGAUGCUAUACUGAAUCGUCUGACAGAGGCGGGUAUAGAGGAUCCUAGCGAGUACAUUACAUUCCACGGCCUGAGAACUCAUUCUAUGCUGAACGGCACAUUGGUAACGGAACUUAUCUACGUUCACAGUAAGCUGAUGAUAGUAGAUGACAAUACAGUGAUCUGCGGAUCAGCUAAUAUAAACGAUAGAAGUAUGGUCGCCACAAGAGACAGCGAAAUAGCUGUAAUAAUUCAUGAUCAGGAAUUCGAAGAUGGGCGCAUGAAUAGUAUACCUUUUCCCUGUGGCAAAUUUGCCUCCUCCCUGAGAAAGCAAUUGUUCCGCGAACAUCUGGGAUUGAUGAAUAUUAGGGAUGACAUUAACAUAGAUGAUGCCAUUAUCAAGUCAUUUUACAAGGACGUAUGGUGUGCUCGAAGCAAACGGAACACAGAGAUAUAUGAAGAAGUAUUUCAAUGCGUCCCUACCGAUAAAAUUGUCAAUUUCGCUAUGCUGAAGCAAUACCAAGACGAAGAGCCUAUCUCCUUAUCUAAUCCGUUGUUAGCGCAGGAAAUGGUGGAGGGUAUUAAGGGUUAUUUAGUCGACUUGCCAUUGAAUUUCUUAUGCAACGAAGAUUUAAAACCUGCCGCUGGCACAGUGGAGGGAAUAAUGCCGACUGCCUUGUGGACGUAAACGUAUGGUAUCAACUGAGCAUUUUUAUAAAUUUGUAUAAAUUUCUUGGGCACAAAUUAACAAUAGGAAUUUCUACCAAUGCGUUUUACAAUAUAGACAUUAGAUUGAUCAAAGAGAUUCGAUCGUUUCCGUCUUACAUAACUUUUAUUCUAAUAAAUAAAUUAUUCUAACAAUAAACUUUUAUUCUAAUAAAAAGAAAGAAAACGAAGGAAUUUUUUGAUCACUCUAAUGCUGACUUUGAUAUUGACAGAAAUGUCACAAUUUUUAUUUAAUUCAAUCAUUUCUUACUGCCUGACGCGACAACGGCUGGUAUAAUUUUCACCGGCAAGCGAAUGUAAAGGAACAUAACAUUUAGAUUUUAGAUGCAAUUAUUUUCAUGAUACCUCAAAUAUUUUUCUUUUUGGAGAAUUUUAAUAUUAUAAUAAUAAUUACGAAAAUCACGUUUUACUUGAGAAUACAGUGCAAUUUCUUUUUUUAUGUUUUUUUCAGAUAGUAUAAAUUUUAUAGUCAGUGCAUCAAGUGAAUACUCUAAUAAAAUAGCAACAAAUAUAUUUUAUGCAAAGCGCCGGUAGCUUUUGCUAACAUUAUAACAUUAUAUAACAUAUGUUUGUGUAUAUGUUUAAUUGGCUAAAUAAUUGUUGGCGCUUAGCAAAGUUUACGUUUAAUAUAGUUUACAUUUAAACUUAAUAAGAAUUAACAAAAUUAUAUUAUGAAAAUGUAAGAAGUUUAGUUACUUAAGAAAUGUUAUUUUCAAAUUUAUUGAUGAUUAGGUAUUAAGUCAAAAAUCUCUAUCAAUACAAUUAUAGAUAAGCAAAUUGUAAUUACAAUUAAAAAAAUAUCUAUUUACAUAAAAAAUGAAACAAAGAAAAUGCAGUUUAAUGAAUACUUAAAGAAUUUUAUAUAUAUAUUUUUUAUUGAAAUAUUAUGUGCUUCUGUAUUUAUAAUAUAAAAGAAGUUGAGUUUUUCAUAAAUAAUAAUAGUAUGUAAGUAAUUUAUAAUAUUUUCAGUGCAAUAUGUACUACAAAACAAGUUAUAUGAAACAUAAAAUAACUACUACAUUCCAUAUAAAAUUUGCCAACAGCUGAAAAUUAAAGUCUUCCAAUACUCAUAAUAUUUUUCAUAAUGUUUUAUGAAGCUAGAUUUUGUUUAGAUUGUAGAAAUUAAAUUUCAUAAUACAUACAUCUACAUGUAUAUAUGUAUACACACAUAUGAUAUAGACGUACAUAUGUAAGGAUAGAUAAUAUUUUUACAUAAUAAAAUAACACUUUUAGAAA